GUCGUGGCUGAGCAGCAGGAGGCCAUGGACACCGAGGAAUGGCGCAUAGAAGGGCCUGCCACCGUCGGCUGGUUGCUCCAGGCCCACCUGGAGCAAGGCGGUGGGCCUGCCCAGCGCCAUUAUUGGUGGAGAGAUCCUGGGGGGGCUGCGGUGACCGCGGACCAGCUCAACCUCCCGGGCUGCGAGACGUUCGAGCUCGCGGCCAGGCGAUUCCAGCUCUGGGAGGAGGUCUACUCGGAGGCCCUUCGUCGGGCCGAGGUUGCGGGGGCUGCUGGCGCCGCGGCCGACUCGGACGGCUGGCUGGACGAGCGCCGCAUCGUACUGGGCAGCGCUCGGACAAAGGGCCAUGCGCUCGUGGCGCCCUCCUUGGAGAAGCACGUCGCAGAGCGGAUGCAGGAGGAGAGCGCCAUCCUCAAGGAGAG